AAAGCGCAUGUUUACUUCUAUUUUAUUUAGUUAGAUUGCAAAGUAUUUAGAAGAUUACACAUUUUUCUCGUGUAUUUGAUCUAGAAAAACGAAGUAUUUCAUAAUGUCAGCCGAGGAUCCAGCAGCGAAGCAAGCAGAAAACGUAACGGAACAAGAUAUCUCUUCCGUUCCAAAAGUGGUACUGUCUGCUGAACAGAAAACAAUAUUCGAUCGUAUCUCGAAAAACGAAAUAAGCGAGUUGAAACUAGCAUUGGCCCAAUACAAGCAAAACGUCGAUUUUGUAGACGAAAAUGGUAUGACACCGUUGCAGCAUGCCUCCUAUAAGGGCAACAAAGAAGCGGUCCAGUUGUUGCUGGAUCAGGGUGCAGACGUUAACUCGAGCAAGCACGAGUACAAUUACACGGCACUGCAUUUCGGAGCUCUGUCCGGUAGCGUUGAAGUGUGUCUCAAGUUGCUACUGGCAGGUGCAAAAGCCGGUGCCCUUAAUUCCGUCGGAAGGACUGCAGCUCAGAUGGCAGCAUUUGUGGCCAACCAUCAGGUUGUAGCAACGAUUAACAAUUUUGUUCCAAUCAAGGAAAUAGAAUGUUUCACCAAACCGCAAGGAUCUCAGGGGGAGCCACUUCUUCCGGUAGUUCAUCUUGAGGGAUUUCAUAAGUUUGUUAUGCAAGUAAACAUUCAUCCCGUAAGAAUUGCUCUGAAUUUGCAAAAAUAUGGACUUUUCAUCGACGACCUGAAACGUAUCAGGAAUGUUUUGGAGGAGAUGAUGGAGCGAGAGAUGAAACGACGAACUGAGGUUAAUGAGGUGAUGGCAUUCAAGUAUCAUUAUUUAGGUUACUUUGUCAGUGAAAUUUCAAAAUGUCGGGAUUAUUUCCUUGCCCGAAAAGAUGGUGGUGGAGGCGGCAAAGAUCAGAAAACCGAUUUUGUAGAACUGUUUGCUAAACGCGUCUUAAAACCAGGGAAGGAUGGCUCUCUGGAAUACAUAGAAGCAACAAUUCGCGAAUGUGUUCGGGAGUUUCCGUUUCGAGAAUGUACUAUCUUUCGACAAGUGGUAACUCAGCUUGCCAGCAAGGAAAAUCCAGCUAGUGCUUUGGAAAUUAUCAAAUCGGCCAUUAAUGGACAGCGUGGAUUUCAGGAUACGAUUUCCUACUGUAGUUCAUGCGGUGAAGAGAAACCGGACAAAAAGUGUUCCAAAUGUAAACAGGUACAGUACUGUGACCGAGAGUGUCAACGGUUACAUUGGUUUCUGCAUAAGAAAGUGUGCGCCCGUCCUUCGUCAAAUGCGACCGGGCAGGGUGGUCAAAAGGAGACUAAAAAGGAAAUUGAUUCAGCAGAGAUCAGCGAGCAGCUACAGAAGUUGGUUACCAGUUAAAUGUCACAAUAAGAUUCGAUACCGGAUCAUGUGGUACUUGCGCAAAAAUACUGCAAGUACUGAUCAAAAAGUCAAACAUACUAAAUUUAUAACAGCCGUGUGUAAUAAGUGCACACAAUGAUUGCGAGCAAAUCUAGACGAAUAGGGAAUAAAAGGUGUGGCAGUCAAAAUAAAUGUAACUCGAAGAGUUUGUAUGUGUCAUUUGCUAUUUUUUUGGAUGUCAAUAAAACAG